AUGUCACUUUCGUCAAAGUCGAAGUGAGUGAGAUCGCGUAACUUUUUGGGUAUCAAAUGCGAAGGGAAAUUAAUAAUAUCGUGUAAUUAAACCGAUAAAUUGGUGCUGGAAUCUCGGAAUUUAAUCAGAAAAGUGAAGAACUCUUAUGUAAAUAUGUUAUCGGUUUGUAAACAGAGUUUCUCUCAAUCUUUGCAAAGAUCUGCUGUAAGAUGUUUGGGGUCUGUCGUACCAGAGGUGCGAGUGGAGGAUUUCGGACCUAAAAAUGAACCUGUCCUAAAUUACCUUAAAGGCUCCCCUGAAAGGGCCGAACUGGAAAAGGCCUUGAAUGAAACUGCCAAUAAAACUGAAGAUGUCCCCAUUGUUAUUGGCGAUAAAGAGUUUAAGACUAGCGAUGUGCGGUAUCAGGUUAUGCCGCACAACCAUAAAAAACAAAUAGCCAAAUUUUACUAUGCCGACGCGAAGUUGAUCAAACAAGCGAUAGACGUGGCCCGGGAAACCCAGCAAAAAUGGGAUAAAACAACAGUGGCGGAACGGUUUAGGAUUUGGGACAAGGCAGCGGACCUGAUGGCCGGCAAAUACAGGGCGAAAUUGAACGCCGCCACAAUGUUGGGCCAGGCCAAGACCGUUAUUCAAGCGGAGAUCGAUUCGGCCGCCGAGUUGAUCGAUUUCUUCAGACUUAACGCGUAUUUCCUAAAAGAAGCCACCAAAUAUCAACCGAUUUCCGAAAAUCCCAAAGUGACGAAGAACUCGAUGCGUUACCGCGGUAUCGAUGGAUUUGUCGCGGCCGUUUCGCCAUUUAAUUUCACUGCCAUCGGUGGGAAUUUAGCUUAUACGCCUGCUUUAAUGGGUAACGCAGUUUUGUGGAAACCCAGCGACACCGCCCUCUUAUCCAACUGGGUGAACUUUAAAAUCUGUUUGGAGGCCGGAGUACCACCGGGCGUGGUCAAUUUCGUUCCUUCGGACGGUCCAGUGUUUGGAGAUACCAUCACCGCGUCCCCUCACUUGGCCGGAAUCAACUUUACCGGAAGUGUGCCUACUUUUACCCGCUUAUGGAAACAAGUGGGAAACAACAUCGGCAUCUACAAAAAUUUCCCAAGACUAAUCGGAGAAUGCGGCGGUAAAAAUUAUCAUUUCGUUCAUCCGAGUGCGGACCCCACCACCGUAAUUAACGGAACUAUUCGGAGCGCUUUCGAAUUUUGCGGCCAAAAAUGCAGCGCUUGCAGCAGAAUGUAUGUUCCUGAAUCGUUGUGGCCCAAAAUUAAGGAAGGUUUAUUGUCGAAACGAUCCGAAUUGAAAAUUGGGGACCCUACUGACUACGGUAGCUUUACGUCGGCUGUGAUAGAUGAUAAAGCAUUUAAGAGGAUCACCGGAUACAUCGACCACGCCAAGAAAUCCUCCAAUUUGGAGAUCAUUGGCGGAGGAAAAUAUGACGAUAGCACCGGUUACUUCAUCGAACCAACGAUCGUGCAAACGAAAGACCCGCUAGACAAAAUUAUGACAGAAGAAAUUUUCGGGCCGGUGCUCACCAUUUACGUGUAUCCCGACAGUAAAGUAAAAGACACGUUGGGACUGGUCGGAAAUUCCACUCAAUUCGCUUUAACCGGGGCCGUGUUUGCACAAGACGAAGCAUUCCUUAAAUCUGCCAUUGACGAGCUGAAAAUGACCGCCGGUAAUUUCUACGUUAACGACAAAUCUACGGGCAGUGUUGUCGGUCAGCAACCGUUCGGUGGUGCUAGGAUGUCAGGUACUAACGAUAAAGCUGGCGGACCACACUACGCCCUCAGAUGGGGCAACCCUCAAGCAAUUAAGGAGACGUUUGUGCCACUCACCGAGGUGGACUAUCCUUACAUGAAACAAUAAAUCAAUAUUCGAAAAAAACACUAAACAAUUAUCCCGGUUUAGUCCCCUAUUAUAACAGUUUACGGUUUAAAAGUAAGUUAUGUGAUAGAUGAUAUUGUUUUGUUAUAAAAUUAUUUAUGUAUGUUUUAAGUUUAAACGUGGUUCCUUAGUAUUCCUUUUUUUUUGAUUAAUUCAAAAUAAUCCUUAGAUUGCAUAUAUAGUUAGAAAAAUAAUAAUGACAAUAUUAAUGUUAUUGUGCGUAAAAACCGUAAAUUAUGCAACACACAGUUUGAAGGUGUUGUUCUUCAAUGUGUGGUAUUUAGGUAAUAAAUAAAUAUCCUGUAUCUCGAGGAGGAGUAUUAUAAACACUGUUAUCUAGUGUACAUUUUAAUUUGCAUGUGCUGUUUUUUUUUCGGCCUCUUAAUCACUGAAAAGUAACUAUUUUUGUACCUAUUCUAGUCCAACAGUUUUGUUGCACAUUUUUUCAUAAAUCAAGGGAGGAGGUCUCUUUUUCAAUUUUUCUUAUUUUGAUCUUAAGUAUUUUCUUUCUUUUAUAGGUCGAACCUGUCAAUAUUAUUUGUAAGUAUUUUAUUGUAAAAUUUCAGGUAGCAAUAAAAUUGCUUUGUUAAUGUC